AUCAACCAACAAACUAAACCAAAACAACUACCCGUCUACGCGACUUCACGUUUCGGCCGUUUCUUCUUCCAUGUCCAUGGCCGAAUUACAGAGAAGCUCAAGUGCUUCUGUAUAUACAUCUAUGUCUUCUUAAUCACUUUACCUUCUUCAUAAAACCUAGCCUAUACUCAUUCAAUACACUUUCACAGAUCGGAUUCGAAUCCAUGUCAGAGAGAGAUUACCGGCGAACAAACUCGGCGUCCAGCCGUCCAUCAUCAAGGCUUCCUCAACUUCAUCCAUCGUCGCCUCAUCGGAGGAAAACUCCUCCAUCCGCCUUCCGGCGAUCAUCGAAGUCAUUCAAGCAUGUCGAGAUUAUGCAUCGCAGCAGUUCAGAACCGUCUCUGUUUACCGCAACGAAUUCCUUCAUCAUCGGAGAAGAUAACCGGAAUCUCUCCACUCCGGAAGGCGUUCUCUAUAGACCACAGACUUGUACAGACAUGCGUUCUUCUCCUCAAUCGCCGCCGAAACUGAUCCAGAAGGAUUAUAACAGGGAUGCGAAGGUAGUGGUGAACGUGAUGGUUGAAGGUAGUCCUGGUCCUGUUCGAGUUAUGUUAAAGUUAGGAUCUAGCGUUGAAGAAGCGAUUAAGCUUGUUGUGAACAAGUAUGGAGAAGAAUGGAGGAGUCCUCUUCUUGAUAAAUCCGCUGCUUCAUCAUUUGAAUUGCAUCAAUCCUAUUUCAGCCUUGAAUGUUUGGACAGAUCAAUAUUAAUUGGGGAUUUGGGUGCUAGAAGUUUUUAUCUUAGAAAGGGUAGAGGCCGCCACAUAGAAGUGCAAUCUGGGCCGAUUGCUACUCAACUUCCUUUGAUCUUUUUCUCGGGUUUUAUUGUGAGAAAUAUCAAUAAGAUCAUACGAAGAACUCGCAAACUUUGGACACUUUUCGGUUGCAUGCAUUGUGAUGGAUGAAAUUGAGAGUGUUUCAUACAUUUGGAGUACUAGCUUUAAAAUUAAGAGUGAUUUGUAUAUAUAUAUUUCUUCAAUUUUAUUAUAAAUGGUUACUCUUUAUUUAAUAUAAAUGUAAAUUAUUGCAAUUCAAUGCAAUUUGGGGUACCAAUUUCAAUGAUGUCGUUUUCUUACAAAUUAUUUAGUGCAAAGCAGAAUAU